AUGCUUUCCCCUCCAGCUGUGCCUCAGAACUGGGAGACAGCAUCUGUCCGGGCCUGGGUGGUUGGGGGGAAUUGGGGGGGAAUUGGGGGGGACGGGGGAAUUGGGGGGGAAUUGGGGGGGACGGGGGGUGGGGGCAGAGGGUUCGGGUCCCAGGGGGCGGGUGGUAGGGGGUGGGUCUUCUUCCCAGUACUGUUCUAUUAA